ACAAGGUCAAGAUAAAUUUUUUCACAAUUGCUCCCGUUGGAGGUGCGGUGAAGAGAAGUAGUUUGUAAGUGAGUGUUGAUUGAUUUUGAUUUGAAAAAAAAAACUUUUGUUUAACAAAAUAAAUAAAAACAAUGCACAUGCAAGAAAGUGAUUCAAAUCCCGAAGCCGAAGGCGAUUAUUCGGAUUUUUCUGAUGUCGGUGGCGGCGAUGACGACAGCAGCAUUAGUUCGAAAAAUGCUGCCGCAGGUAAGCGUUGGUCUAGAGCCGAUGAUGUUACUUUGAAACAGCUUGUUGCCCAAUAUGGCGAGAAAUGGAAUAUAAUAACUCCAUUGUUCAAAGAUCGCACUGAUCAACAAAUCCAACAGCGUUGGGCAAAAGUACUCAAUCCAGAUUUGAUAAAAGGUCCAUGGACGAGAGAAGAAGACGACAAGGUCAUUGAACUUGUACGUCGUUAUGGUCCCAAAAAGUGGACCCUAAUUGCCAGGUAUCUAAAUGGUCGAAUAGGUAAACAAUGUCGAGAAAGAUGGCACAAUCAUCUUAAUCCAAACAUUAAAAAAACUGCCUGGACUGAAGAAGAGGAUAAAAUUAUUUAUCAAGCUCACAUUCAGUAUGGCAAUCAGUGGGCUAAGAUAGCAAAGCUUUUGCCUGGUCGGACAGAUAAUGCUAUUAAAAAUCAUUGGAAUUCAACAAUGAGGAGGAAAUAUGAGUAUGCCGAGGGGGGACGGAAAUCUUCUAGCCAGCCACGUGUUGUGGCAAAUUUGAAGACAUCGCGAUCGAAUUUAAAAGAGCUGAUUAAAAUGGGGAGUGGAACAGGUCAACAACAAGAGAAGUCACUGCAGUCUUCUUUAAUUGAUCGGAUUCAUAAUAAUGCUAAGACAAAAGUCGUUGCAAAGGUACAACAACCAAAUAAGCCACCAAACAUUUUGAAGAAAUCUCGACAGGUGCAAAACACUGAGGCUACACAAACUGCUGCGCCUAAUACAAAUGCAAUUAAAUUACCAGAUUCACCAGUUAUAACUCCCAUAAAACCAUUACCCUUCUCACCCAGUCAAUUCCUCAAUUCACCUUGUUUGACGACUUUUGAUGAUAUGAAUCUACGAGCUAGCACUCCCGUUCGAAAAACAUACAAUCGUUAUGGCAUGGAAAUUAAAAAGGAGCACGAAAAUUCUUCUAUAGAAACACCUCAUAAAAGUCUACUCGGGCCGAGAACACCUACACCUUUCAAAGAUGCACUGGCUGCUUUGGGAAAGAAACGUAAAGGUGACAGAUAUGUUCCGCCUAGUCCCUCAAGUUUGGUAGAGGAUCUGGCCGAGAUAAUAUACGACGAACAACUUAAUGACACUCAGAAUUCACAAAAUGUUAUAAAAACCGAAGCAACUACCCCUGGUGGACAAGAACCAGUUCGUCAACCGACAAAGAAAGCUCGCAAAGCUCUCAGUGCUAGUUGGGAGAAUGAUAUGAAAGUUGAGAAAAAAUUACCGUACGAAACGGAAACACCAAGUAAAUUCCUUACUUCGACCAAUUCCAUUGUGUUCUCACCGCCAAGUAUCCUAAAAGAUACUCUUGGCGAUUCUGAACUUCUUAUGGACACUACCGAUGCCAAAAAAGAGAAUAAGAGUCCAAAGCAUGCUAUUCAAAAGUACCUUGAUCCGAAGUGGGAAAAACUUGCUUGUGGACAAACAAAAGAUCAACUUUUUAUGGUCCAACAAGCGCAUAUGUGUCUCAAGAGUCUUUCACUAACGCCGAGAUCUCUUAAUUUUGAGAAACACAAAUGAAGGACACACUGCAAAAGAAGAGACUGUUCGCUGUUUGAAUUUUACUCGAAACAAAAAUUGAAGAUAUAUAUGGCCUUCUCAAGCCUACUUUGCUAAUUAUAAGGAGUUGCCCCCCUGAAACCUAAAAAUAAAAAACAACUCAUUCGAUUCCGAUGUGUUCAGAAACAGUCCCUGACUAAACAGAUUGCAGAUUUUUUUAUUUAUAACAUUUUUAUUUAGCAUACAUACAUAUUUAAGUGUACGAAUCAAUAUUUUUUUUCUAUUCUCCUAAUUUAUGACUAAAAAGUAAAUUGUUUUUUUUUU